CGGCACGAACUGGAGAGCUAUCUGCUCUGCAAGUCUGAAGAGACCAUUCGUAUCCAGAAAGGUCGGAGCAAGAUAGACCAUCUGCAGGCCGGGUACAUGAAAGUCAUUGAAGGGAAGGUGGACGGGCUCUUGCAGGACUGCAGGGAGAGGGAGAUGGAGCUAAAGGUCAAGGAACUGGAAAGGGAGUUUGCCAAGAUGUGGAAGGAAACCUUAGCGGAGCUGCCGCUGGAGCGCUUACCCCUACGCCAAAUUGAUAAAGACAUCCACUACCAGCUGUGCAAGGACCUGGGGAACAGAGGGAGUUUGGUCAAGCAGAUGCUCUAUAAAGCCCAGAACUUGCUCACCUAUCAAAGCAAACCCUUCCGCAUGAAGAAGGAGUAUCUGGACUUGGCUUGGUACAAAGCGGCUAUGGAGUUUAUAACGCAGCAGUGUAAGCAUGAAUUGGAAGAGUUCACAAAGUCCCUGGUGGAGGAGUGUAGGAGGUGCAUUGGGCAGAAGGUCCACUCCCAGGGGGAUUAUGACCAGACCUACUGCAGGGAAUUGCUGUGGAUGAUCAACGAGAGGCUCCAGGAGAACGUCGUUGGGAAGAUGUGCACCAGUGCUUCCUUUGAAGUCGAUUUAAAACUUCACAUCCUGGGGGAGGCAGCCAGCACUUUCCAGAAAAUGCACGAAGACUUUCUCAAGAAGAACGACCCUCAGCGUCGCCUGGAGGAGCUGAGACCUCAGUAUUUCUCCACCUUCAGAGACCUUUACUAUGAGAAGGAUGCCUGCCAGAAGAGAGCUUUUGAUUUCUGUGACCGGUGCCUGAGACCCGCCCUGUGGGCAUAUAUGAAGAAAAGACUCGGGAUUGAGAUAGUGGACGACUUUCUCAGCAGUGGAGAGUCCAUCGAGUAUGGCAGCCGGAGCUUCUUCCAGUUCACCGUGCAGAAGAAGCUGCUGGAGGAGAUGGACUUCAAUAACUAUGUGAAAUACGUCAGUAACUAUGAAGUGUUUGUCAAAUCCUGGAUCCAGACACGCCUGUUUGAUCACUACAGAGAGACGGGGGGCUUGAAGGAGCUAGAGAGAAUGGUUCUAGCCACAAUAAUGAAGAAAAUCCGGGACACUCUGGAGAGUUGUGAGUGCCAAGACACCCCCACCAUCUUUGAGUUCUUGGACCAUUUUUGCCAAGCGAUGUGCAAGGAGCUGGUCAUCUCCAAGGACAGUUUGGAGGUGAUCAUCUUCAAGAACACAGCCAAUGUCGGGCAGUUCUCAGUCGACAUCCAGACCUUCCUUCCCCAGGUGGAAGAUGGCAUCCUCUCAGAGUGGGAAGAGCUGAGCGGGGAAAUGGUCUUCACACAGCUCCAGUUCAAGCCCCAGGAUGAGAUCUUCAAGCGCGUGUUUGGCUGUGGGAAGCAGUGUCCAUUCUGUAAAGUCCCCUGUGAAGCAGGAGGCAGUGACCACAAGGAGCAUUUUGCAUCAGUGCAUCGGCCUCAAGGUCUGGGGAGAUACAGGGAUGAGACAAGCAAGAGACUUAUAUAUUCUUUAUGCUCCUCUGACGUGGUUUCUUCAAUGGUAUUUAGAAAUCUGCACACA